UUAUGUCAGGGAACUUUGUAUUCCGGCCGUGUGAUGUGGCGAAAUAGAAGCAUUCCUACUCCCGAACAGCUGGUGGCAGUAAUGUGCUUAGAACGGCUACGGCGCUCCGGCGCGAAACAAACAAGGAAGAACACAGCAGGAAACACACUUGCAUUAAACCCAAUGAAGUAGUGGCCGUUCGCCGUUAUUGAUUAUUACAAGGUACACGCUGUUAUCAAGUCAACAUGUCCAAAAGACAUCGUUUGGAUUUGGGCGAUGACUACUCCAGUAAGAAGAGGUCUGAAGGGCGUGACAGAGACUCGGAUCGAGACCGGGGGGAUCAUUCCAGAGACAGAGACAGAGACCGGGAUCGAGACCGCGACAGGGACCGAGACCGCGAAAGAGAUCUGAAGUCUUCAAGCGCACCACCUAAAAUCAUGCCGGCUGUCAUCCCCAUGCCUCAGCUGAAGCAGAUGGCCAUGCAGCAGCAGAUCAAUCCGUUCACCAACCUGCCGCACACGCCCCGCUAUUAUGAAAUUCUGAAGAAAAGGUUACAGCUUCCCGUGUGGGAGUACAAGGAAAACUUCACUGACAUCAUUACACGCCAUCAGAGCUUUGUCCUUGUAGGAGAGACUGGCUCUGGGAAGACGACACAAAUCCCUCAGUGGUGUGUCGACAUGGUGAGGAGCAUUCCUGGUCCGAAGAGGGCGGUUGCCUGUACUCAGCCAAGGAGAGUGGCAGCCAUGAGCGUGGCGCAAAGAGUGGCAGAUGAAAUGGACGUGAUGCUCGGACAGGAAGUGGGCUACUCCAUCCGAUUUGAAGACUGUAGUUCUGCCAAAACAAUACUGAAGUACAUGACAGAUGGUAUGUUGUUGAGAGAGGCGAUGAAUGACCCUCUUCUGGAGCGAUAUGGAGUGAUUAUUCUGGACGAGGCCCACGAGCGAACACUAGCCACCGAUAUUCUAAUGGGAGUGCUGAAGGAGGUGGUGCGUCAACGAGCAGAUCUAAAGGUGAUAGUUAUGAGCGCCACACUGGAUGCAGGGAAGUUCCAGGUGUACUUUGACAGUUGCCCCCUGCUGACAAUUCCUGGCCGCACGCACCCGGUAGAGAUCUUCUACACGCCCGAGCCGGAGCGAGACUACCUCGAAGCCGCCAUUCGCACAGUCAUCCAGAUUCACAUGUGUGAGGAAGAUGAGGGGGAUUGUCUUCUCUUCCUCACUGGUCAAGAGGAAAUUGAUGAAGCGUGCAAACGGAUCAAGCGUGAGGUGGAUGACCUUGGGCCUGAAGUUGGAGACAUCAAAAUCAUUCCACUGUAUUCAACGUUGCCACCACAGCAGCAGCAAAGGAUCUUUGAGCCACCACCUCCACGGAAAGCUAAUGGUGCAAUAGGAAGAAAGGUUGUGGUGUCAACAAAUAUUGCUGAGACCUCUCUAACAAUUGACGGUGUGGUCUUUGUCAUUGAUCCUGGCUUUGCCAAACAGAAGGUAUACAACCCUCGCAUCAGAGUGGAAUCGCUGCUGGUCACCGCCAUCAGUAAAGCGUCUGCCCAGCAGAGGGCAGGACGAGCCGGCAGAACCCGGCCAGGGAAAUGUUUCCGCCUGUAUACAGAAAAAGCCUACAAAACAGAGAUGCAGGAUAACACAUACCCAGAAAUCCUGCGAUCCAACUUGGGGUCUGUGGUGCUGCAAUUGAAGAAGUUGGGCAUCGACGACCUUGUGCACUUUGACUUCAUGGAUCCACCAGCUCCUGAGACCCUGAUGAGAGCCUUGGAGCUACUCAACUACUUGGCCGCGCUCAACGACGAUGGCGACCUGACCGAGCUGGGCUCUAUGAUGGCAGAGUUCCCCCUCGACCCCCAGUUGGCCAAGAUGGUCAUCGCGAGCUGCGAGUUCAACUGCUCCAACGAGAUCCUUUCCAUCACUGCCAUGCUGUCAGUCCCACAGUGUUUUGUGCGCCCCACGGAGGCAAAGAAGGCUGCCGAUGAGUCCAAGAUGAGGUUCGCCCACAUCGACGGCGACCACUUGACUCUACUCAAUGUCUACCAUGCCUUCAAGCAAAAUCACGAGGCGAACCAGUGGUGCUAUGACAACUUUGUCAACUAUCGUUCGCUGAUGUCCGCCGACAACGUACGGCAGCAGCUGUCCAGGAUUAUGGACCGCUUCAACCUGCCCCGCCGGAGCACAGAGUUUACCAGUCGAGACUACUACAUCAACAUCCGCAGGGCACUAUGCACCGGGUUCUUCAUGCAGGUGGCCCAUCUGGAACGAACCGGUCAUUACCUCACAGUUAAAGACAACCAAGUGGUCCAACUGCACCCAUCCACAGUUUUGGACCACAAGCCCGAAUGGGUGCUCUACAACGAAUUUGUCCUCACCACCAAAAACUACAUUCGUACUUGCACAGACAUCAAACCAGAGUGGCUGGUGAAGAUCGCCCCCCAGUACUAUGAGAUGAGUAACUUCCCGCAAUGUGAAGCUAAACGACAGCUGGAGCGAAUCGUUGCCAAACUCGAGAGCAAAGAGUAUUCCCAGUACUAACCAUUAACCAAUAAGUGUCCUGAAAAUAAUGACAUCAUACCAUCUAGUUUUAGAUCCUUCUGUAUCAUCGCAUCUUAAAACUGUUGACGAUUUAGCAUUUUUUGUUUUUGUUUUUUUAUAUAUUUUGUUAGCUUUCUGUUGUUUCACCUCACAUCGAUGUCCAUUCAUCAACUGUAAUGCCAGAAGGAAAUAUCAGCAAGCGUUAGAUCGCUAUAAAUAUUUUCAAAAGGAAUAUUGUCUUGUUUUCCUAUAGGUAAUUGUUGACUGCUGGCUUUGUUUCUUUAAUAAAGGAGCUUUGACUUAC